UCUGAACAUGUAUGCGUGCGUGUUUGUUCAAUAUGUUCUUUUUAUUUUGGGACUACUUUAUCGGAAGGAUUAUAAGUUAAUUGGAAGUUAGCCGCCACUAUUUGAAAGUUUUAGAAGUUUUGUGUGGAAGUGUUAGUAUGAAAUAACGUCUGAUGUAGGAUGUACAAUCCAGGAAACCAGUACCUGCCACCUCAUGGACAAGGCCAGCAGUACCACAUGGUGCAGCAGCCAGCAGCCAUGCAAUAUACUCCUCUACAUCUAACCCAGGCAGUAACAUCACAUAGUGACAUGCCUACAACUCUGGGGACAGCUACUGGGGUGCCACUGCAGCCUCACAUAAGAACGCCAUACAUGAUGCAAGUCCCUGAUAAUAAUGUUCCCCCACUAAUGCCGGGGACAUAUGCCAAUCCUCCUGUCUCUCCCUUACAAGGGUCACUUCCCCCAAUGGGGACACAGGGCCAUAUACAAGGGGCGUCUCAUACUUAUCCUCCUGGCCAGGUUGGUGGCCUUCAAAGCUCCAGUAUAGGAAGCCCUCCUGUACAUUUUCAGGAGUUCCAACCCCUUCAACGAAAUAAAAUUGUUUACUAUAAUUCUAUGUAUCCAACUCAGGCGAAUCCCACCCAACUUCAGCCUCAACCAAAAACUAGAGAGAGGCAUGCUCUUUCGAUAGUAGAUCCUGAAAGUGGCAAAGAUGUUAUAUCAAACAAUAAACGAGCAAGAAAUAACUCAUGUCCUGAUUUGGAUUCAAAGCAACGUGUAACUCCACCAAUUAAUUUUAGUGUUCCACCCCCCAGUUUGAAUCUGUCAGCUUUACAUCCUUCAACUGCUGGAGCCAUGCAAGGUUUACAUCCUUCAACUGCUGGAGCCAUGCAAGCUUUUCAUCCUUCAACCGCUGGAGCCAUACCAGCUUUGCAUCCCCCACCCAUUGGAGCCAUACCAAUUUUACAUCCUCCAACCAGUGGAGCCAUACCGAUUUUACAUCCUCCAACCAGUGGAGCUAAACAAACUCCCUCAACAAGUGGAGCCAUACCAGCUUUACAGUCAUCAACCAGUGGAGCCAAUUCAACUGUAGAUCUCAUUACCAAUGGAGCCAAUGCUUUACCGCCUCUUGGCAGUUAUUUAAACAUGAUACC